UAUGCCUGACCUAUGGAGCAGCACCAUAAUGGUAGUGGUAACAGAAAACAUAAGCUUGUACUAUAGUAGCCUACAUAAAAUCCUGGAAUUGCUGAUACUUGUUACAGGGAGAUGUGCGGCACUCACUAACUGAGAAAUUAAACUUUAUUUCUUAUGCCAUGUGGUAGAGAGAAACAAUCAUUGCAGGUUUUUUUCUCUCUCUCCACGCCAUUCCUGCCAUGAUGUUUUAAUGACUUGGAAUAAUAGUUUGGAGCAGCCAUAUGUCUGGUGACGAUGCCCCGCUCCUGUGUGGUUCCCACUCUUGCAGUUCCUAUUCUUCUGCCACAGGCUCUCUUAAACUGCUCUUCUACACAUCUUCCUUGCCAUCUUCUUCACAGUCUGAUCCACAGAUGGUCUUUUCUGGUGGACAAUACUCUGCAGAGGAGCUAUGCAUUGCCGCUGCCAAAUCAUGUGAAAUCCUGCCUGUCUACCAUUCCCUGUUUGCACUGGCAUCUCCUGAUCUGAAGACUUGGUAUAAUCCAAAUCACAUAUUUACUCUGGAUGGAGGGAUAACUCAUGUUGUCAUAUAUCGAAUCAGAUUCUUCUUUCCUGAUUGGAUUGGUACAAGUGAACAAAAAUCUGCCCGCUGCAGCCUCAUGAAUUUGUCCCCUGAGCCUGUUCUCAGCUACCAUGUCAUAGACUAUCUCUUUUCUCAGUAUCGAAGUGACUUCAUAAAUGGUCGGAUAGAGCUACCUGUUAGCAUUGAUGUUCAAGAGCAGUGCUUGGCGCUGGCUGUUCUAGAUAUGAUGAGACUGGCACAAGAAAAUGACAAGACCCCAAAACAAAUACUCAGUAGCAUCAGCUACAAGCACUGUGUGCCACAAAGUCUGCGGCAGAGCAUUGUAAACCUGAACUUUUUUUGUCGCAAGAGAUUACGCAGGAGUGUUCAGAACUCAUUGAAAAAAAUGCGUGCAUGCACACUCAGUGUUUCUCUCAUCAAAAUCAAAUAUCUAGUGGAUUUAGAAAAACUUGAUCCAUGUUUUGGGACAGAAACAUUUAUUGUCAAGAGCAUAAAGGAAGAUAACAAAGACCUCGUGCUUAAAGUGUCAUGGUGUGGCGGCAUCACUUGGAAAGAGGUAGACAGUGAGUUGUGGCAGCCAUUUAGUGACUUUGAGGACAUUGUGGAUAUUAGAAUAACACAAGCUAACUCCGAUCAAACAAGUGAAGAAGGACGUAUAGUAACAAUAACCAAGCAAAACAACAAAGUCCUGGAGGCACAGUUCCAAAUGUUGAGAGAUGCUCUUUCUUUUGUAUCUCUGGUUGAUGGAUAUUACCGAUUGACAACAGACUCACAGCAUUAUUUUUGUGAAGAAGUGGCUCCGCCAAGGCUGCGAUGGAACUUAGAUAACCAUUGUCAUGGUCCAAUUACCUCAGAGUUUGCUAUCGACAAACUGAAAAGAAAUGGAAGCGCUGGAGGAAGUUACAUUCUUCGAAGAUGUCUCCAGGACUAUGACAAGUUUCUACUAACUGUGUGUUUGGAGACUGCUCUAGGUAUUCAUUUCCAGGGCUGCUCCAUCCAACGAAAGAAUGACACAUUUUGUUUGUCUGGUAUCUCACGUUACUUCUCCAGUUUGCGGAAUCUGUUGGAAUAUUACCAGCAUAAUAGCCUGUGUCUGGGUGGUGUCUCCACAUGUCUGACAUCUUGCUGCCCUCCAAGAACCAAAGAGAAAUCAAACCUUUUAAUCAAACAUGACAGUUGUCCUCAGAGAAAUUUGUCACCAAAAGGACAAAGAAGAAACAUCCCACUACUGACCUUUCAAAAGAUCCAUCUCAAGGAUAUCACCUUUUUGGAAAGCCAAGGAAAAGGUUCCUUCACCAAAAUAUUUCAUGGGUUACGUAGAGAUGCAGAUGGAGAGGAAGAGCAUGAAAUUGAUGUCCUGCUGAAAAUUCUUGAUGCCACUCACCAACAUUACCAAGAGUCUUUUUUAGAAGCAGCGAGCUUAAUGAACCAACUUUUUCACAAACACCAAGUCCUUCUGCAUGGAGUAUGUGUUGGAAAACAGAUUAUCAUGGUUCAGGAAUUUGUUUCUUUGGGUGCCCUAGAUCUUUAUCUGAAGCGAAGGCAGCAGAAAGGUCCUAUACCUAUAAGCUGGAAGCUGGAAGUUGUAAAGCAACUUGCAUAUGCCCUCUGCUACAUGGAGGAUAAACAGUUGGUACAUGGGAACAUAUCGGCUAAGAAAAUACUUUUGGUUCGUGAAGGGGACAAGGACACUCCUCCAUUUAUAAAACUCAGUGACCGUGGUGUAAGCAUCAAAAUCUUGGAAAGAGGAAUGCUGCUGGAGAGAAUCCCAUGGCUGGCUCCUGAAUGUGUGACUGAUGUGAGGAAUUUGGCACUAGAGUCUGACUGCUGGAGUUUUGGGGUCACAAUGUGGGAAAUCUUUAAUGAUGGUAUUGUACCACUAAAUGCAGAGGAGCCUGAAAAGAAACUGCAGUUUUAUAAAGAUCAAAUGCAACUUCCAGCUCCCCACUGGAUAGAAUUGGCAAGCUUAGAACAACAGUGCAUGUCUUAUAACCCCGCCCUGAGAUCACCCUUUCGUUCUGUUAUACGUGAGCUCAACAAUCUUAUUGCAUCUGAUUAUGAACUAUUAGUGGAUUCCAAAGGGCAGCAAAUGAAAGAUGGAUUCAGAGUUUGUGACCGUGUCUGGGAAUACCAGGACCCAAAUGUUUAUGAAGAAAGACAUCUAAAAUACAUAUCUGUUAUUGGCAAGGGUAAUUUUGGCAGUGUGGAGCUCUGCAGAUAUGAUCCAUUAGGUGACAAUACAGGAGAGCUGGUUGCAGUAAAAAAACUCCAGCACAGUACAGCUGAACAUGUCCGGGAUUUCAACAGGGAGAGUCUCAUUCUCCGUGCUCUUCAUAAUGACUAUGUUGUAAAGUAUAAAGGAAUAUGCUAUAGUGCAGGUCGACGUAGUUUCCAGUUGGUCAUGGAAUAUCUUCCUAACGGAAGCCUACAGGAAUUUCUUCCUAAGAAUAAGGAUGGGCUUGGGUUCCAUGAUCUUCUUCUCUAUGCAUCUCAAAUUUGCAAGGGUAUGUUAUACCUGGGAUCUCAAAGAUAUCUGCAUCGUGAUCUGGCCAGUAGGAAUAUCCUAGUUCAGAGUCCAAGCCAUGUUAAAAUUGGAGACUUUGGCUUGACAAAAAUCCUGCCUCAGGAUAAAGAAUAUUAUGUGGUUAGAGAGCAAGGACAAAGCCCCAUAUUUUGGCAUGCCCCUGAAUCACUUUCCGAUAAUAUUUACUCCCGGGAGUCAGAUGUCUGGAGUUUUGGGGUCCUGCUCUAUGAACUGUUUACAUAUUGUGAAAGAAGUUACAGUCCCUCAGCUGAAUAUCGUCGAAUGAUGGGACCUCACAAUUCCCAGCAAACUGUUUGUGGGCUUGUGGAACUGUUACGAGCCAAGGAAAGAUUGCGCCGACCACCAAGUUGCCCACUGGAGGUCCAUGAGAUGAUGAAGUCCUGCUGGUCAUUCCAACCAUCUGAGCGACCAACAUUCAGUGCACUAGAGAAUCAGUGUGAAGAGUUACGGAGAACACAUCAAAGAAGGCCUAGAUUCAGUUAGAAUUGAAUGCAUACUUUUUAACCAGUCUAUGUAAAAAUUUGCAAGGAACACAAGUACAUGUGUAUUUCACCUAAGGCUACAUUUACAUCACCGUUGUGCUCCGACCAGACACCUGACAGACCCCAUUCAAGUCAAUGGGAUCUGUCGGGAGCCGGCAGUAGUGUCUGUUGUGCAGUGAAUCAGUUCUUCUCCUUUGUUUUUUGCCAAAUGGGCCCCUUGUGUAACGGAAAUCACUGGUUCCCAGCUGAUCACAUUGACUUGAGGGGGGUUUUAGAGGUUCCGUUAUUUUAGGGGAGAUGAGAAAAAAACUCCUGUCUUUCCAUAGGUUUUAUGUUAAAGUUCAAUCCUAUGAAAUGUGUGUCAGAGUCUAAAUUUAAAAAUAAGGAAAGAAUUUACGUGUUACAAAAUAACAUCUUAUUGGCAACUCUGUGGAAGAAUUUUGUGGCAAGAGUUUAAUUCCCUUGCUGAUACAUGAUAUGAUGCUUUAUAAAUGUGGUAGGCUUUACAUAUAAUGUUUGGAUAUUCUGGGCCCUCUAAGUGAAAGACAUUCCAUGUAGUCACUAUCUUUUAGAUGAGGGCCUUGAAUACUAUUUACACUCCCUUUUUUAUUUUUUAAAUGCUGCAUUUCCAAGAGCCAUAGUGUUUAUGGCAAUUGCACUUUCGCUUCUCAUUCCUGCCUUGCAAGUGCAUUUUUUUUUUCAUUUUCCAACAACAUAGCUAUAUGAGGGAUUUUUGUAAUAUCACUAUUUAGGUACCAUAAAAUGUAUUGAGAAAUUCUGUAGUAUGGAAUGGAAAAAUGCUCUGAUAUGUGGUAUAAAUAAUGUUAA